UGUUAGUGGUCGCCAUCGCCCCACCCAGCGGUCCCGGCUCCGCUGCACGUCCUCGGGGCCGCCGCCUGGGCGGAGUGGGCCGGCGGCGUCUGCGGCUCGAGUUGGCGGCCAGGCCAGGCAGACUGCCCCGUCACGGCGGCCCGGUGAUGUCACACUCGCCUGUGACGGGCGCGAUUACUUGUCCUCGAAGCCAACGGUCGAGGCCGAGGCCGGAGGGGAGCACGGGUGCGCGGCCUCGUUCCCGCCCCACGGAGCAGCCCCACUCCCCGCCGACUGGUCACCUUUGGACAGAGUGGAGGCUGUGCUGAGCAGACUCUGGAACCAUGAACAUAUUUGAUCGGAAGAUCAACUUUGAUGCCCUCUUAAAAUUUUCCCACAUAACCCCCUCGACACAGCAGCACCUGAAGAAGGUCUAUGCCAGUUUUGCACUCUGUAUGUUUGUGGCAGCUGCAGGGGCCUAUGUCCAUGUGGUCACGCACUUCAUUCAGGCUGGCCUGCUCUCUGCCUUGGGCUCCUUGGGCUUGAUGAUUUGGCUGAUGGCAACACCUCAUAGCCAUGAAACAGAACAGAAAAGAUUGGGACUGCUCACUGGAUUUGCUUUCCUUACAGGAGUUGGCCUGGGCCCCGCUCUGGAGUUGUGCAUUGCUGUCAAUCCCAGCAUCCUCCCUACCGCCUUCAUGGGCACAGCUAUGAUCUUCACCUGCUUCAGCCUGAGUGCACUCUAUGCCAGGCGCCGUAGCUACCUCUUUCUAGGAGGUAUCUUGAUGUCAGCUAUGAGCCUAAUGUUCUUGUCUUCUCUGGGGAACCUAUUCUUUGGAUCCAUUUGGCUAUUCCAGGCAAACCUGUACAUGGGGUUGGUGGUCAUGUGUGGCUUUGUCCUCUUUGAUACUCAACUCAUUAUUGAAAAGGCUGAAAAUGGAGAUAAGGAUUAUAUCUGGCACUGCGUUGAUCUCUUCUUAGAUUUUGUUACACUCUUCAGAAAACUCAUGAUGAUCCUGGCCUUGAAUGAGAAGGACAAGAAGAAAGAAAAGAAAUGAACUGGCUAUUAGCCUUUCCCAGCUUGAUGUCCUCCCCAACCCCUCAUUUCUUUGCACACAUCGCAGGUGUCAUGUUCUAUGAUAAUGAAAAG